AUGCACAAAGUAGAGGCUGAUGUCCUUAAGGAUGAAGCAAAUUCAAGCUACAAGUCAGUGUUUAUUCCUGUUUUUAAACAGGUGAUCAUAAAUGGAAAACCAGUCCAAAUCAAUGGAGCAAUUAAAAGCCUCGACCCACCCUGUAAAGGGGAGGCGUCAUCUCAUGGUGAACAUCCAUACACGUGCACUAAUUGUUUCCGUCAACUGAGAGACCUGAAAAACACUUUGCAGCAUCGGAGGUCUGGCAGUUUAGAUGACAAAGCCAACAGACUGGGAUUGAAAGGUUUCAACAAAAGGUACGCAAGGGAGGAGAGAUGAUGAAUACUCUUGAGAAAGAAACUCAACGAAGGAAAUUGGCAGAGACAGAAGUUAAGGAGCUGGUAAGGAAAACACUAAGCCCUAGAGACUGGGAAGAAUGUCUACAUCAAGCAUGCCUUAAUAGGGAAGACCAAAUGCUGGUAAUUAAUCUGGUUCGUUUGAUGAAGAGUGGAAUCUCUGCAAAAAAAAAUCCUAUGCAGAUUCUCAUUUUAAAGAAUUUAGUGUCAAAGCUUCAAAAAGGAAACAAUCAUCGUUAUGUUGACCUCGUGAAAGACGUAAGCGGGCUAUUUAAAAAUGAGCUUGGUCCGACUAAUUAUGCCCUUUUAGCAGAUAUCGUUGGAUUGGCUAAAGAAACGACAGCGUCAAAGCACUCUUCGUCUCAAUUGAGGUUGGAGCCUGGCUUAAACAUGGAUGCAAUAGAUCUGGCUGCAAACAAAUUCAAAGGUUUACCCGUGAACGAAGCAAGCGAUGGUGCCCGUUGUCUGAGGUACCUUCACCCACGAAAAGAUAAAAACGGCAACGUUGUUUUAAUUGGGUCGACCUGGAGUCCUUCUGUGGACAGCUGGAAAGAGGAAGAAAUCGUUAUACCAAGAAAGGAUGCCACUAAGGGCGACUUAGACGACGUUGGAGCGUUGAAAAGGUUAGUAGAUGGUCUCAUUAAAGGAAAUCGGCUAGCCAAGACUGUAUCCAUUCACAAUUUGACGUGUUUGGCAGCACUCGACAAACCUACAGUUAUUAAUUGCAUGUGGCCAAUUCAAGACAAAGGUUACAAGGCAGUCCAUCUCUUAAAGUACUGGGAAGCAAUGAGGAAAGCUUGUUACUUCGACGAAUUUGGAGAUGUUAGAAAGAGUCCUUUAAAUUUGGUUGGUUAUUCAACCGACUCAGCCGGGUUUUCAUUGUCAGCUGCAAUCCAUCUGAUGAGUCCUUCACACGAGGAAAUAAAUGAAGGAGUUACUUACCUUGGUCUAGGGCUUGACGACGAGUGCUAUUUGGCCCCUUAUUACUGGUAUCUUCCAUCAAUUGCCUACCUAGACUAUGAUCACGAGCAGAGACUAUUUCUGAAGAAUUUGAAAUACCAAACUCGAGAUUUGACUUUCUGGGAUGACAAUGGAAACACAACAAAGCCUGCAACUAUCGAACACCUUAAAAAUCUAAAGCACCGUUGCCAAGAGUUGGGGCUAGAUUGCGGAUUCAGUAGUGCGGAUUUGCUCCUCAUUUAUUUUUGUGACCAAAACUCAGAUGCAUGUGAAAGACUAUUUACUCCACGGAUUGCAGAUCUUCUGGAAAAAUACGUUCCUGGAUCACAAGGUACCGUUUUGUACAUAAGGGCGGUGUACUCUCUUUUACAGCCAUUCCGAGUUCCAGACUUUGGCUCACCAGAGGACGUUCAAGAAUCAAUUUCGUGUGGCAUCUACAUUUUCCGCUUGUGGAGGAGGGCGUUGGAACUCAAGAAACUGCGUCUUCAUUCUCAGCCGGGGGCAAAAAAUGAUCCCUCAAAGCGUGGCCACUUUAUUACAUAUGGUUGCUAUGCUACAGCAGAAGUUAUCUUUUCAGCAGGUACCAUCCAUCAAUUGGCCAUGUUUUUACAUUUUAAAGGCCUAGGUCCACGCUGGGCAUGUCCAUACAACUCCGGUACCAAAAGCACAGAACGAAUUAUCGCAGAAUUGCAAGGCAAGACAAAUGAAUUACAAUCCCUGGACUCUCAACCAACAUUUGGGGACAUGCUCGAUAGAAGCACGAAAGUACAGUUCAAUAUCAAUGCGAAACACCGCCUCUCCACAGCUGGUGCAAAGGUAUCCUCUUCCCACAAACGAAAACGGCUUGCGUUCGCCUUCAGAUCCAGCAAAGGACAAAGAGAGCUACGAAUACCCUGA